AUGCAGCAGAGGGUAAAGUGCCCACCGACUGGGAUCACUGAUAUACUUUCUGCUGUGAAUUAUUACCGGCAAGCGGACCACCUCAUUGGUGGAAUCAUAUCUCCAAGAUUCUUUGAAAAUCCAUAUUCCUUCACCUUUUCCAGAAACCCCUUCAUCAGAAUUCAUAGCUGGGUGGAUGGGAGGAGCACACAUGUUCUUUCAUCUGCCCUUGCUGUUCAGGAAAUAAAUGAUGACCCCAGGCUCUUACCAAACACCACCCUCGGCUACAGCAUUUAUGAUACCAGUUUUCAGGGAGGAAUGACUUCCGAUGCCCUGAUAGACCUGCUUGCUGGUGGGGAAAUCAAUAUUCCAAACUACAGGUGUGGAAGACAGAAAAAGCUGUUGGCUGUUCUUGAAGGGGGUGAAUCCGACAUCUCCACACACAUUGCAAGCAUGUUGGGCGUCUACAAGGUCCCACAGCUCAGUCAUGGCUUUGUUCUUAAUGAUAAAGCUCAGUUCCCUUUUGUCUACUGGAUGACUCCAAAGCAAGAAACUCAGUACCAGGGGGUGGUCCAACUGCUCCUGCAUUUCAGGUGGACGUGGGUCGGCCUCUUUGCUCCAGACAAUGACAACGGAGAAAGGUCCCUGAGGACCUUGACGCCUCUGAUGAUCAAAAAGGAAAUCUGUAUUGCCUUCACCGAAAGACUCCAUCCUUUCUUGAAAGAAGUCCGCUUCUAUACUAAUACUUCAGCUGAUGGACAGUACUUGGACGAGGAUGGGGCAGUGGCCGCUGACUUCGAGAUCGUGAAUCUGGUGCUGUUUCCUAACAACUCUCUUGCUAGAGUGAAGAUUGGGAGAAUAGAGAGACAGGGGUCCUCAAAUAUGAAGUUCACCAUUAACCCGGAAUCAAUUGUGUGGCCCAAUCUAUUUAAGGAGACAGUGCCUCAUUCAAGAUGCACAGAAAGCUGUCUCCCUGGAUAUGCCAAAAAGGUUCAGGAAGGGAUGCCGCCAUGCUGCUAUGAUUGUGCUCCCUGCGCAGAAGGGACCAUCUCCACUCAGGAAGAUGCCGAUGAAUGCACCAGUUGUCCAGAAGAUCAGCAUCCAAGUGAGGACCGAGAUCGAUGUAUCCCCAAAGUGAUCACCUUCCUGUCCCAUGAGGAAUAUUUGGGGAGCCUCCUAGCUUCCCUUUCUCUCUUGUUAUCCUUAACCACAGGCUUUGUGUUAGGAAUCUUCAUUAAAUACAAAGAAACUCCCAUAGUCAAAGCCAACAACCGAGACCUCUCCUAUAUCCUCCUCAUCUCCCUCCUGCUUUCCUUUUUCUCCUCCUUCCUCUUCAUUGGAAGGCCAAGGAAAGCCACCUGCCUUCUUCGUCAAACAGCAUUCAGCACCAUCUUCUCAGUUGCUGUCUCUUCUUUGUUGGCAAAAACCAUUAUGGUGGUGCUGGCCUUUCUGGCCACAAAGCCAGGGAACAGGGUGAGGAGAUGGCUGGGGAAGAGUUUGGCCAACUCCAUUGUCAUUUCCUGUUCCAGUGUCCAAGUUCUCAUCUGCACCAUCUGGCUGGGGGCCUCUCCCCCAUUCCCGGAUUCUGACAUGCAUUCCCAGCUUGGAGAAAUCAUCCUGCAAUGCAAUGAAGGGUCUGUGUUCAUGUUUUACGGCGCCCUCAGCUACAUGGGCUUCCUGGCUGCCAUCUGCUUCACAGUGGCUUUCCUAGCCAGGAAGCUGCCUGGAAAUUUCAAUGAAGCCAAGCUGAUCACCUUCAGCAUGCUGGUCUUCUGCAGUGUUUGGAUCUCCUUUGUGCUCACUUACCUGAGCACAAAGGGGAAAUACAUGGUAGUCGUGCAGGUGUUCUCUAUCUUGGCCUCCAGUGCUGGGCUUCUGGGCUGCACCUUCAUUCCCAAGUGCUACAUUAUUAUACUGAGGCCAGAUCUGAACAUGAGAAAGCACCUGACAAGAAAAAACUGA